AGCUCUGCCCUCAGUUAAGAUGGCGACGUCGGUUGCUCAUUUACGUGAAAUCGGCGGGCCACAGAAGAGGCUGUCUGCGUCGGCCGCAGAGCGAGUCGGGAAAUGAUUUUAAACCGGAGGCGUGGAGUGCGCGGAGUUGCGCCUUUGCGAAGGAGGUUUUAGCUCUACUUUUGAUCACAGCAGAGCUUCCGAGAAGGGGCUUCGGGGACACCUUGUCUUUCGUGGGCAGACGCUAUCUCCGGAGGAGUGAGGGUCGCAGAGCCGGGCCUCUAGGGAAGCGGAACUGUCUCUCCACGGUGAAGUCGCAGUGUUGCCCGCGUCUGAGGGGGCCAAGGUUCCCUCGCUGGCCUUGAUGUCUUUUCUCAACUCACCAGGGAUUGCUUCGGUUCUCUCUUAACAGUCAUUUUGGCCUUUGGCCGCUUUCUUUUUUUUUCCUAAAAAACAAAACAAAAAACCGAAAAAACCAAAAAUAUCUUCUCGACGUAGUCUUGGAGCCAGACUUGAAGAAUGAUUCGUGCAUCCGGAAUGGAUGACAGCAUCAUUACGACAUAUUUUUGGUGAUUUACCCUCCCUGGAGAAUGUUGCCACCACCCUCCUCUGUGGCACACCACUCGUGUGGAGGAGGAAAUGGCCAUGCCCCCGGAGACCAUGGAUCCUUAUGACUCAGGAGGACCAACUCCUAGACGAGGUCCCUCAAAUCUGAAAGAUUACUUUGUAGGUGCCACCCCUUUGCAGAAACGACUGGAAUCGGUCAGGAGGCAGAGUUCGUUUUUUCCCAGUCCACCUCGAAGGAAAGUUCCCCAAUGUUCACAGUUGCAGGAAGAAAUUGAUCCUCAGAAGGUUGCAUUUCUUCUCCACAAACAAUGGACUGUAUAUAGUUUAACUCCCCUGUAUAAAUUCUCCUAUACUAAUCUCAAAGAAUAUUCUAGACUUCUAAGUGCAUUUAUUGCUGCUGAAAAGCAAAAAGGACUUGCUGUGGAAGUGGGAGAAGACUUCAACAUCAAAGUGAUUUUUUCCACUCUACGUGGAGUGAAAGGAACACAGAGGGACCCUGAAGCAUUUCUUGUGCAGAUUCUCUCCAAUUCCCAGUCAUCACGUGAGCACAGAGAAGGUAAAGUGUUGUGGACUGGUUGGUUCUGCUGUGUAUUUGGAGAGAGUCUUCUGGAGACUGUUUCCGAAGACUUCACCUGUCUACCUUUAUUCCUUGCAAACGGAGCAGAGUCCAAUACAUCUCUAAUUGGAGGCUGGUUUCAGAAAACCUUUGACUGUUGCUUCAGUCCUUUAGCAAUCAGUGCAUUUAAUCUUUCCUGGAUGGCUGCCAUGUGGACUGCAUGCAAAAUGGACCAUUACAUGGCUACUACGGAAUUGUUUUGGUCUGUGCCUUGUAGCCCUCAAAGCUUGGAUAUUUCUUAUGCAAUUCAUCCAGAGGAUGCAAAAGCUUUAUGGGACAGUGUCCACAAAACACCUGGGGAGGUUACCCAGGAGGAAGUUGACUUAUUUAUGGACUGCCUUUAUUCACACUUCCAUAGGCAUUUCAAAAUUCACUUAUCAGCCACAAGAUUGGUUCGUGUCUCGACGUCUGUAGCUUCAGCACACACUGAUGGAAAACUAAAGAUUCUGUCUCAUAAAUAUCUUAUUGGUGUGUUGGCAUAUAUAACAGAACUGGCAAUUUUUCAAAUUGAGUGACUUCUCAUAUGGACUGCACCUAUAAACCCUUUCAAUUAUUUUCUGAGUUGCUCUUCCAAGUGGGGCAGUGGAAGAAAUGUAGCACCUGUUUUCUCAAACACCUUUGGAGUUUUCCAGGUGGAUCUAGAACACAGCGGUGGUAGUGGGUGAGCCAUGUUUAUGUGCUCGUGUACCCAUCGUAUCACUGUGGUCAUGUCAUGUGUAAUGCCAUAGAAGAUGAUGAAUUGUUAAUAUAAAAGUAUCUAACUUAGUCAAAUAAACAUAACUAAAAUCUGGU